CGUCUAAAAUCUUUUGAAGUUUAUAGUUCCCAUAUUUUUGUCUUAAUUCUCAAAAUCAUCAAUCACCACAGUUCAGUAGUUGUAUAUAAGUAUACAGUGCAUGUGUGCUAAGUCACGUCAAUUGUGUCUGACUCUUUGUGACCCAGUGGACUGUAGCCCACCGGGCUCCUCUGUCCAUGGGAUUCUCCAGGCAAGAAUACUGGAGUGGGUUGCCCUGCCCUCCUCCAGGGGAUCUUCCCGACUCGGGGAUUGAACUCGUGUCUCUCAUGUCUCCUUCAUUGGCAGGUGGGUUCUUUACCACUAGCGACACCUGGGUGUGGGAGGUAUUUUGGGGGCAAUCUUGUCUGCUCAGAACGUGGUUGCAGAUGGGAAGUGAUGCCACAUGGUGCUCAGGCUGGUGAGGUGACGCGGGUGAGGGAGGCGCAGCAGGAGGCCCGGCUCAGGCCUCCUGCAGGCUCGUGCCCUUCGGGGGUCCGUUCCAGGCUCUGCGUUGCUUGGCGUUCUACUCUAGGCUUCGGAAUGAGGCAGGGCUUCCCCCACAAAUCAUCCCCUGAGAGGGACUCUCCUUCCUCCUUGGGUUGGGAGCCUCACUCGGUGCCCUGAACUGCUGAGUGCUCAUCCGUUCCCCAUGGUUUGAACAAUACAGCACUGUCUGGGGGAAGCACGCUUGCCGACCCCAGUCGCAGCUGGUUUUGGAGGCCAGCGGAGGUCACCCGAGGGAAGCAGAGAGCAGGAGGUGGAAGGUUGGCCCACGUUUAUCCAACAGCCCUGGGUCUGACCUCCCCGUGGCGUUAGAUGUCAGGACAGAUGAGCCUUGUAAAUACCACACAGCAAGUGUUAGACUUCAUGGAUCAUAUUAUUCUUACCGAACAAAUGAAAAUCACUGCCUUAUGUUAUAUGAGGGACUCUUUAUAUCUGAAAUAGAGUUUUAGCGACAGUAUCAUAGAUGAUUUAAAAAUUGCGAUGUUAGCUCAAGCAGGUUAGGUCAAACCGCAGAUGAUACGCUGUAGAGAACUUUUAGAUCAAGAAGCUGUUCUUGCAACAAAGGGGACCUUUAACAUUAGGUGCAUGUGAAGAGUUCAGAUAAAAUUAUGUUUAUGAAGUGAGAGCGUGGAAAGAAGUAUCGUGUCAAAUGGACAUAUUUUAUAUGUGAUUUAAAAUAUGUGGCUUAGUAAAUUAAUAAAUAGCAUGAGUAGACAAGUUUUACAUCUGUGGAAAUUGAUAUAAAACUUUUGGAUCCAGAAACUUUUACAUCUUUUGAGGAAAGUAGGAGAUUGCCUUGUAUCUGGGAAUAUAUGGUAUUUCUUAUAAGUUACAGACCUUGGGUAUUUUAUUCAUAGACAAGCCUCUCACUCAGGUGUCUUGCUUUAAGUACAAUUUAAAAUAAACUUAGUCAUCUGGUUUCUUGGUCUAAAACCUAUUAAAAAUAAGAGCUCUUAAAAGGAGCUUCUAGAACUUUACACACCAACAGAAAGUGACAGGUGAUGAUCCAGUAACGGGGGAGGAGACUGGAAAAAUAAACCAAACCAAGAGUGGUCUGGGCAAACAGCUGUAAGCUGCCAGGUUCCCCAAGACAGGUUAGCGGGAACACAGUUGUGUACUGGGUUGUGGUCACCAUAUCACCGUAGGAUAUGCUGAUGGGAAAGUGGGUGAAACGUUUUUAAAAGAUCCCAUGUAAAAUACCUCCAAAUAUAAAAGAGUUUAUAUCUGAGGGGUAAACCUCACUUACCUGGAAAUUUCACUUGAGGUCUUAUUCCAGACAACUUGGAUAAAAAAAGUGUUACUCUAUGACUAACUUUCAGGUACACUAACUGACUUAGAUUAUUCACUUUGAUAGUCUCUGUGUAACACAUAUUUUAACAGUGUAUCAGGACAGGGUAUCAAUGCAACCAAGAGAAACAACCUCUAAAUUUGCAAUGAUCUUUUUACCAGUUAGCUGACAUUUUGUUCUUAAUGAAUCUACAGAAUCACUUCCUUUUAGUAUAAUAACAAUUCUCUUGGUAUAAGAUAUAUAUGUUAGAAUUAUGAUUGUUAGAAUGUGAUGUUUUAAAACUCGAGGGGAGGGGAUAAUUUCUGGCAAGUUUCUAUGUGUUUAGAUUGGAGAAAACUUUGUUUAGAAAUCAAUAUUUUAAUUUCCAGUAGUAGGGGAGUUGUGUAAUUGGAGGAAGUGAACCUGUUUCUUUCAGUAUCUGUCUACAGAGACUGCAGAAAGCAGACUGUUGUAUUAAGGCUCAACAGCUGCUGGUUCAUCCCAUGGAUGCCGAGUGGUUCCACAGGCCAGGAGCUGUGCUCUGAGUGUGGGAUCAGGUGCUCUCCGUGCUAAGGGGCCUCUAAGUGUCAGAGAUGUUAAAAUGUGGGGAGAACGGUUGACUGAUUGUCAGACACUCACUGUUGGAACGUGAACCCUGAUUUCAGAGUUGCCUUAGCAUUGAAGAAAUACAGUCAUCCCUCCGUGUCUGCAGGGUACUGGUUCCAGGAGCCCCGCAGGUACCAAAAUCCAUGGAUGCUCAAGCCCCUUGUAUAUAAAACGACUCAGGGAUUCAGCCAACCUCAGAAACCUCGGAUGCGGGACCCGUGGACAGAGACCCGGGGGUUCGGGGCGCCGACUGAGCGGUGAUGACAGCGAUGGCCGACGGCCGUGAGUGCUCACCACAGGCCUUGCGCUGCCCCUGGCUCUCGAGAGGAGUCAGCUCAUUUCACCCUGAGAGCCUGUGAGGCCGAUUCGGAAGAAGACACCCGUUAUCAGAGAAAAAAGUUAUGCACUAUAUGUACCAGCUGUGUAAGUCCCUGGACCACAUGCACAGAAAUGGAAUAUUUCACAGAGAUGUAAAACCAGAAAAUAUAUUAGUAAAGCGUGAUGUCCUGAAGCUUGGGGACUUCGGGUCGUGCCGGAGCAUCUACUCAAAGCAGCCGUACACCGAGUACAUCUCCACCCGCUGGUACCGGGCCCCUGAGUGCCUCCUCACCGAUGGCUUCUACGGCUUCAAGAUGGACCUGUGGAGCGCGGGCUGCGUGCUCUAUGAGAUGGCCAGCCUGCAGCCGCUCUUCCCCGGAGCCAACGAACUGGACCAGAUCUCUAGGAUCCACGACGUCAUGGGCACACCUGCUGAGAAGACUCUCACCAAGUUCAAGCAGUCGAGAGCUAUGAGUUUUGAUUUUCCUUUUAAAAAGGGAUCAGGGAUACCUCUACUGACCACCAGUCUGUCCCCGCAAUGCCUCUCCCUUCUGCACGCCAUGGUGGCCUAUGAUCCCGACGAGAGAAUCACUGCCCACCAGGCCCUGCAACACCCUUACUUCCAGGAGCAGAGGGCGGCCGAGAAGCAGGCGCUGGCCAGGGCCAGGUGGAAGGCCCCCGCUCCCUUCCCCGAGCGCCCCACGGCCCCAGAGCUCAGCAGUGCCUGGCAGACGGCGCAGGAGGGCCGGAAGCAGAAACAGCCCCCGAGGCCAGAGGAGAACCACCCCCGGAGGCCGGGGCCGGCCUGCCUGAUGGAGCUGCCCAGGCUGAAGCUGUCGGGAGCGGCCAAGCUGGCCUCCUACUCCAGCCCGGCCCUGCCAUCCGUGUUCCUCCCGAAGGUGCCGCUGCUGAGACCCCUGAAGUGCGUCGGUGCGGCCCAGAAGACAGAGACGCAGAAGGACAUCAAGCCCAGCCUGAAGCAGUACCGCCUGCCCACGAUAGAGCGCAGAGGUGGGGGCUACUGAGCGCUGCGGCCCCUGCUCGGGCUGGCUCCCCGCCGCUGUGCCGGCGAGCGCGCGGGGGCUCCCAGGGCCGGGCGUCCUGUCCCCGAGCGCCGCCCCCAGACCCGCACCACCGCCUCGGCCUGGAGCCGCCGGCCAGGCCAGCUGUGUCCAGAGGGCGGCUUUACUGUGUGUUCGAAUCUAAUACAUCUGUAAAACCACCUCCUUCUAGGGUUUUAUUUGAUUUCCAUAACGUAAGGGUUUGGGGCAGGGAUAUUUUGUAAUUUUUAUAUGAAUCAGAAGAGAGGAUACUGUUACGCGUUGUUUAGGCUUCACCGCGGGCUCCGCGUGCCUGUAGCCUAUCAGUGCUAGUGUUCAGCACAGUUCAGCUUCCGGAUUAUACCACCGGAGACCCCUGAUUUUAUUAAAGAGUAAGCUGUC